AUGCUGCGCAACGGGGCGGCGGGCGGCGGCGGGGCCGCGGCGGGCGGCGGCGGCCACCGGCCCGUGCGCGUCUGGUGCGACGGAUGCUAUGACAUGGUGCACUAUGGCCACUCGAACCAGCUGCGCCAAGCGCGGGCUAUGGGCGAUUACCUGAUCGUUGGGGUCCACACGGAUGAGGAGAUCGCCAAGCACAAGGGUCCCCCUGUCUUUACACAGGAGGAGAGGUACAAAAUGGUGCAGGCCAUCAAGUGGGUGGAUGAGAUUGCUCCUGGAGCUCCUUAUGUCACCACAUUGGAAACCCUGGACAAGUACAGCUGUGACUUCUGUGUGCAUGGGGAUGACAUCACCUUAACUAUCGAUGGCAAGGACACCUAUGAGGAAGUAAAGACAGCAGGGCGAUACAGGGAAUGCAAACGCACUCAAGGCGUGUCCACCACUGACCUUGUUGGCCGCAUGCUGCUCAUGACUAAGGCUCACCACAGCAACAUAGGGCCCAAAGGUCACAGUCCCUGGACUGGCGUCUCACAGUUCCUGCAGACAUCCCAGAAGAUCAUCCAGUUUGCAUCGGGGAAGGAGCCGCAGCCAGGAGACACCAUCAUAUACGUGGCUGGAGCCUUUGACUUGUUCCAUGUUGGUCACGUGGAUUUCCUGAAGAAGGUUCACCAGUUGGCAGAGAAACCCUACAUCAUUGCUGGGCUGCAUUUUGAUCAGGAGGUGAAUCGCUACAAAGGGAAGAACUAUCCCAUCAUGAACAUCCAUGAGCGAACUCUCAGUGUCCUGGCCUGCAGGUAUGUCUCAGAGGUGGUGAUUGGAGCUCCCUAUGCCGUCACUGCUGAUCUGUUGGAUCACUUCAGGGUAACACUUGUUUGUCAUGGGAUGACUGAGGUGGUGCCAGACAAGGAUGGUUCUGAUCCAUAUGAGGAACCGAAGCAACGCGGCAUUUUCCAGCUGGUGGACAGUGGCAGCAAUCUCACCACUGAUCUAAUUGUGCAAAGAAUCAUCAAGAACAGGCUGGAGUUUGAAGCUCGCAACCAGAAGAAAGAAGCAAAAGAGCUGGCUGUGCUGGAGGCCAUGAGAAGGUUGGAGGAGGAGAAACACUAGGCUGCAGAGUGGGGAUGUGUGAGCCACAGAGUGCUGCAGCUUCACCCUCUGGUAGAGCAACUGCUCUUCAGGAAGAGCCCCCUGAAGGGGGGCAGCACUGCUGGCACGCAGGAUGUGCUGUCCUACCUUUUGCUGUCCUAGCUCCUCCUGCACUAAUUAUGCAGACAUAACGAGUUGGGAUUCCGUUGCCUAGUUUUAUCUCCGUUAAUCAGUCCCUGUCCCUUUUCCCAGGAGGAGAUUUGACAAAAAGGUUUUAAUUAUAACUAAUGUUUUAACAUGUUGAUGUGCUUUUACCUUCUGCCAUUUCUGGCUCUUAGUAGGAGGGAAUGGAGGAGCUGCCCAUGCCCCCUUGCCCUUCCAGACUCUGCAUUGCAGAGCAGCCUCCUGGGCAGUGGUGUGGGUGGCUGGACAGUCAGUGAGAGCAGCCUCGGGGACAAGACAGGGCUCACGUUGUUCCUCCUGUAGCUUUUCCUCAGAAACAAGGGGCUGGCUGCCAGAGGUGGUGCUGGGCUCUGGGGUUUACUGUACUGCCUCUUCUCAGCUCCCAUCCCUGCACACUGCAACCCAGAGCUACUCUGGGUUGAGCUGGAUAAAGGCAAAUCCUUUGCUGCCCCAGUGACAGGCUGCAGGUGGCAGCUGAUGCUGGGUCCAGGCAUUUCUCCACACAAAGCAUAGGGACCCUGGGGCCUUUUCCCAAAGGCUCUCCCAUUUGCAAGGCAGCAGGACCUGAUGCCUUGUGUGGACUGUGCUUAGAGCCCCACUUGCUUCUGCUGUCAGAGCCCACCUUGUGCCUGAUGGAUUACCUGAGGGCAGGGCCUGGCCAGGUGAAGUUUUAGGGUUGUUUUCUGAUUGCUGACACUCAGCUUGCCUGCCUCUAAGGGGAGGUGCAGGGCUGGGAGAAUGGUCCUGAGCUGUAAGCCCCUUUUGCCUCUUACAUUCCAGGAUACUAUGGUGGGUAUCCUUAGCAGCUCACUGCACUGUGCCAGAUGGUCCUUCCAGGCUGUGUCUGGUGUCCUCUUUCUUGUAAACUUUUGUUGCUGAUCAUUAAUAAAAUGUUGAAGAGUUGUG